AUGGAGCGAUUCGCAACCCGGCGAAUGUUCAAAUCCGAUGAAUUGUUCAAGGCCAAAAAUUAUUUUUUCAUGCUCGGAUCUGACUCCGAUGGAUCUGCUUUUGGAGAAGACAGUUAUCUCCGCGAAGAAGCUGAAAAAUACCAAGACAUUGUCAUUGCCGAUUUCGUCGACACUUACAACAACCUUCCGACCAAAACUCAGAGCAUGUACGAUUUCGCUACGACUUACUGUAGCGAUUCUGUUCUCUAUUUCGUCUUUCAUGAUUCGGAUACAAUCAUCAACAAUCGCGAACUUGAGCAUCAAAUUAUCAAGAAAGUCAGCUGGGAAAGACUGAAUACAUUGUCUAAGAGGACGAUAACAGGUUUCCCAUUCCUCAAGGACAAUUCAGAUGUGAAGACAGAUAUCCAAAUUCCUUUCCUGAGAAAUUUUUCGGACAAAGACGGGCAUGGAGUUGUUCACGAAGCUUUGGGAGAUGAAAGAGGCCAAAUCUUCUGCCUAAGACCAACAGGAUGGAAUCACAACGCCAAAAAUACAGAAAAGUACAAUAUCACACAAUCAGAAUACCCACCCUUAAUCCGUCUUCCUGAGUACUGCAAUGGCCAGGGCGCAAUUUUAAACAGAAAAGCUCUUGAAAAAAUCCACCAAGUUUCGAAAGUUACCGAAAUGGGCAGCUUCAGAAUCGAAGACAUUUAUUUCACUGGUAUUUUGCGUGCAAAGGCGGGUGUUGAAGUUCCAGAGCGAGUUGUGAUUUUUGACUCGGAUAAGAUUUCUCCAAGAGAUUUCAAGAGAUUUCUCUUUGCAAAUCAUAAUUCGAAGGAUGCAUUGAGUGGAACUAGCCCAGUCAUUCAAGAUGACAGACUUAUAUACGCGGCCGCAUCAGGAUUUUUCCCUCAAGUCCAAUUCAGUCAAAAAGCGAAAGAAGACUUGGAAACGGAACUCAAAGUCAAAGAGAUAUUGAAACAGUUCUCCGAAAACAACGCGAUCGCUUAA